AAUUUGAAAUUGUACGUACACAAAAUCACUUUUAACACGUUGAACGCCGCGUCACCCACGUACGGGUGACGGAGCUUUUCACUAAGGAACUUCAACAAAUGAUUUCAAGAACUAAAAGUGUCGAUGGAAACUGAUCUGGAUAGAAUUCGUAAAUUUUGACGAGAAUACUAAAGCGAGUAAUACGACAAAUGUUAGAUUCUACGGUUUCUAAUUGUCUCGAGACAAAAUUUUCGUUCUGUAAACAUUUCCAUAUGAAUCAUCCAUGGCAGCCAAAGCGUUAAAAUACAUAUGUCGCCCUAGAGGCGCCACUCGAGCGCAAAGGGUUGAGUUAAUACGGAAGAAGCAAAUCGAUGUACCACUGUAGUUAGACCCAAUCAAAAACCUGUUCGUCCUUGAUUCGUUGCUCGAAAUGGUUCGUCUAGCUAAGAAUUCCAACUAAGAAUUUUGCCCAUCCGCGAUGAACUCGGUGAAAAAGUCCGAUAGUGUGCAAGCGCGAAGGAGUAUGCGCAACCGUGUACAGUAAGAACGUGAUGUAAUUGGUGCAGUUUCUAACCUAGUCGUUGAUCGUUUCGGUGCUCAUGGAUCAUUUAAUCUCACGAAGAAAAGAACCGCCAGAAUAUACGGAAGUCGGUGUCGCAACGACGCUUUCAGAGAACCAAGAUUUACGCAACUGUUCGACGCGACGAAAGGACUUGCUUCAAACGCGACACGUUUGACGUCGUCGAAGCCAAUUAAUGCCGUCCAAUUAACACCGUAUAGGUCCCGUUAACGUGCUUGCAAACGAAUCUCCCGGUCUCGUUACUCUCGAGAACCAUGACUCUAUUAUUGCCACGCGUAUUCCUGCACGUGUUUGCACCGUAUCUUUGCACGAAUUCGUUUAAAAGGAUUCCGACGGAUUCGAUUGCUCUGAAAAUCUAGUCAACGAACAGCGACAACCACGUGUAUCGUUGACGUAGACAUACGCUCACGUUGGAUGUUAAAUCAGGCAAACUGCCUCUGUCCCGAACAAUAAUUCCGUAUCCACGUGUCGAACGGAUUAUACCUGUUAAGUGGAUACUCGGCUCGGCGAGAUAGCGAGGGAAAGAAGUUUAAAAUUAUCGCGCGGCAAGAAUAGAUUACGCUGCCAUUGUGUUUUACAUCGUCGAUGGGAAUUCAAAUUCCGUGAAACACGUUGCUCCCCAUUGACGAGGAACGUUGGAAAGAUUCUCGCGGCGAGGCUGUGUAGCUAGUGGAACGUAGGAAAGCUAAACAGGGCUACAGUUGAAAUAGAAAAAUCUCCAAGAAGAGUGUUUGAUUCGAGAAGAAAGAAGGUCAAUGCGACUCGGAAGGAUUCGUUGAGCAUCGAUAGUUGAACAUCGUCAUUUAUUGGACCAGUUCUUUUUCGGCAGAGACGUGCUUCGUUCAGUGCAAUAAUUAUCCGAGUAAGAAACAGAAGGAAAUAAUCAAACAGUCUCGAGGACCCAACGAAAUCGUCCAAAUCAAGAAAUAACUUGGUCAAAGGGAAUUGGCCAAUUCUCUAUUUAAGGGAGUCAUCCCGUUGUGACGACCGUUUUUUUUAUCAGAUUUUUCGGAAUUGUUUUAUAGCGAAAUGAAAAAACACAGAGCUUUCAAAUUUUUACUAUAUGUUUAUUCAGCCUUUAACUGUAACUUUGAAUUUUUUUUAAGCAAAAAUAUAAUGUGGAUCACGAGAUUUAUCCCUCGUAUGUAAGAAAAAGAUAGACGAACGGCGUCCAUGAUUUCGGCAGACUGGCUAAUCUGUAAUACAAAAAAAAAAAAACCAAUUGCAUGUUAAUCUAAAGGUGGAUGGCUAUCGCUCGAACUAGAAUUUUUUAAAAAUAUUGUACCGUUCUUCUAUUUUUAUAAAUAAUUUUUAAUGCUUAAAAUCAUAUAAAAAAAUUGAAUUUUCAAGAUUUUUAAAAAAUUCUGGUUCCAAGGUUCUAGUGCGUGUAAUAAUUAAUCAAACGGAAAAUAAAAUCAACUAAUGAGAAAUUAUUCUGUACAAGAGUGUUCCAGUCCAAAGAAUUGAACGAAAUCGUUCAAGUCUAGAAGUACCUCAGCCGAAGAAAAUAUGUCGAAUCGGUAUUUACCGCGAUUGUUUAUUCGACCAGUUCGACGCCAACAAGUAGUCGGAAACACUGAAAAGCCAGUGAUCUCCAGUAUCGAAAACUUAGCAUUCCGAGUCUGGACUAAUCGGAUAUCAAGAAUGGUUAAACCCACAUUGUCGAGCACAAUUAUUUAUUGGACCAGUUGAUCGUCGGCGAACACCUAAUCCAGCGCAAAUACUCGAUUCUUGGCGAAACAAAAAGGCUCUUCCCUGAGAGAUGACUGUAGCGGAGUGUGCGCGAGAUAGACUCGAAUACAGGGAGAGCCGUGAAUGAAGGGCGAGGAACGUUGCUGCCGAUCUCGACUGGAAUAAAAAUACAGGUAGUGAGUGGGUGGAACGAUAAUCAUUGAGGAACAAUGUCGUGCAGGAGGAAGAUAGACUCGAAACUCUGGCUGGACUACACCCAAGCGAUGGAAACCGAGGUGCGGACACUAAAGCAAGAGCUGGUUCGCACCCAGGAGGCCCUGAAGACAGCCACGAGGCGAUGCCGCGACCUGGUGAAGGAGUUGGACAACCGCACCACGGGUCACGAGUCCGAGAGGACGCUCCGGGAUCAGCAACUCUCGCGGAUCCUUCGCGCCCUGUUGGUCUUGGAGGCGCGGCUCAAGCAGGAGCAAAAGUCGAUCAGGCAACUGCUAUGCGAGAAGGACAACGUCAUCAGGAACCAGCAGCUGGAAAUCGCCAGGCUUAGACGUUACACCAAAAACUACAUCAAAUGCAAGCGCGAGCAGACGCUUAUAUCAGCCUCGAUGAAGAUAGAAACGACGAGCAACAUCGAGGAGUGCGAUCUGCAAGCGUCCAGCAUCGAAGUGGACUCCAGGCAGGAUAGCGGUAUCAGCAAGGACAUUCGGAACUUAAAAUGCGAGAUAAUCACGAAGCUGAGCCCGUCCGUAGUGCUGGAAGACUUGGACAGAGGCGUUAAGAAGACUCACAGCUUCGCUGGCAGCGAUAUCUCAAAAACGAGUUUAACGAGUAGCGAGAACACGGACGUGUCUAUUAUCACGACCACCACGGAGGGCAGCCCUUCGUUGCUCAGUACGGAGGGUUUCUGUGAAGGCGAGAGCACGGACGUGUCGCCUGGCUCGACGCUGAACAAAUCCAGCAGGUAUACACCGACGAUGGUUACCGACAGCGAGAACGAGACGACGAUGAUCUACGACGACAACGACGACGAAAUUACGAUCACGGAGAGCUGUACCAAGUUGGCCAAAAAGAGGAUAGGAGUCGGUAGGUCGAAGACGCAGAAGGCUUGCAAAACCAAGGAGACGAUCGAAGCCAUGAGCAUCGCGAGGACGGAGAGCAAGGACGACGGGAUGGACUGUAAUUUCGCCUCGGAGGACGAGGAAAAGGAGCAAGAACCUAUUUACGUUAACGCUUGCAACGAGACCAUUUCUAGGAACACGGAGCACGCGGGAAACACCGUACCGGAAACGUCGAAAACGAAUGAAGAUUAUAGUAACAAUAAUAGUACCAACGAUAACGGCAGUAACAACAAUAACGACAGCACUGUAUCUCCAAAAAUGGAAAUGGAGGAGGAACAGACCGUGGAAGAGACCAGUGGGAACUGGUACAGUGACCCAGACGAGGAUAGGAUCAACGACGACGUUUUCAGGCACAGCACGUAUCGACCAAACAGUAACCACAACUCCGUUUUAGAAUGUGUGAACCAGAUCCUUCUGAGAGACAUGGAGGAGGAGGAAAACAUUAUGUCGGUACCUAGGAGGUUUAAACACCGAGGAAGAAUCGUUCGGUUUCAACCAGCAAGGUUAUCCGACAUCGAGUCGGUGGGUUCUGAAAUGGAAAGGAAGAACUCUGAAGAAGCCAUUACAGAAAAGGAAGUAUCUAGCAAUGACUUCAACGAUGUCCCUGCCAGCAGCUUCGAGCCCACUGCUACAGAGGACGAGUUCGGAAUGAGUCUCGCUCAAACAGUUCCCUUGACUAUUGCAAAUAAAAUCAGCAAUCACGAGUCAAGCCUCGAGGAAUCAGAGGAGUCGAAAGCCAUUCCUAUUGUUAUUAUAGAGCCAAAGGUCGAAGUAAAGGAAACCAGACACGCGACAUUCCCCUCGCCGCAGACUUCACAGAAGACAAAGACCUCAAUCAAUGCAACAAAUCCUCCUUUGAAGCUAGAAAGAAUCGAAGAGAAAACCUGUCUGCAAAUGUCUACGAAGGGAUUGACCAUAGCCAAGAACCUCGACUACGAGGACAUAGAAUCACUUCCUGAGAUAAUAUCACCACCUCCCAAAACGCCUCCAGCGUUACCGCCUAAGCCGCAAUUCAAAAAUAACACGUUGAUCUUGAAGAAGAUCCCUAGUCCCUCGUUCCUGAUCGACGAAACGCGCAAGAAGCAGCCCUUGCUCGAGUCCAGUUCCUCCGAGCACGGCAAGAAGAUUUUCGGCUUUAUAUCCUCCCCGUUGAAGUCUGCAGGCAUCAAUGUGACGUCGGCUAGAAGCCUGAACUUCGAAGAAGCCAUUAACAAAGUCACGGGAAUCAAUGAAGAGGGGAACUUCUGGAGGAACAGGUUCAACAAUGUUCGUUCCUCCUUCCGAACGCGACAAAAUCACGAUACCGGUGGUGAACAAACGAAGAAGAUACCCAGGGUCACGAACAUCGUUCGUCACUUCGAGGAGUUCAAGAUUGGUGGUGAGACAGAGGAUCCAGCGAAGGAAAGAAGCAAAACGAAGGAGAAGCAUGUUCAUCCAGAGUUCGACCAGGAGUUUGAUAUCAGACAGAACUUUGAAGAAUUUAAUCUGGACGAAUGCAAUCUGUCAGAUGAUCCUGACAGACCAGAGGGCGACGGUUCGGAGAGACUUGGCAAUCUUGUCGCUACGGUUAGUCAGAACGAGAAAACUGCCGCAACCAAAGACAAUAAUAAUGUUCCUCUUGCUGCGACUAAUUCGAGCAGCGGUUACGAUCACUUCCUGGAAGCAACGGGUCUUAGCAAUAAAUCCAUCCUAACGCCUUCGAGGUUGUUGAGUAAUCACAAAAGUAUGCUGAAACCGAAAGACGUGAAGUAUAAGAAUAAGAUUAAAGCGACCGCGGUGUUGGAGAAGCACGGUGUAUCUACGACUAAUAAUACCACUCAUGUCAGACAUUGGACUGGGCCGUUUGUCUGACGACUGGCCCAUGUUUUGCCAACCAACCUGUUCCGACAAGAAACUCGUGACAAAGAGUGAUAAUUUUCCAGUAUAGUGAGUCUGAAAUAUAUCCGUACUCCUUCGAUCACUGGCCAGAUUGUUGAUGUCAUUUUAGGGUAAAUGCUAUAGGAUCCUUAUGUAUAAAAAUAUACACUGUUUGAAACUUGAAGAAAUUUUAUUUUAAAUCAUUUUUUCAAUCUUGUAUUUUCCGUGAUUCUAAAUUACCAAAGUAACUUCAUUAUUUAAUAUAAUGGUUAUUAAUCCAUGAACAUAUAAAUAACCAAGAAAUAAUUUGAUAAUUUUCUUUUUCAAAGGUAAUGUUCCAUAACAUUUUGUUCUAAAAAUACAUCAAUUGUUUGAAAUCAGCAAUUGAAGCAGAAUGCAUACUCCUGUAACUAGCUGUAGCUGCUCUUGUGUAUUCUUAAAGAUCAAUGUAAACAAACAAGAAUUAAUGACUGUGAAUAUUCAAACUGUGAUUUCGACACAGUUCAUCGUAAAACACGUUUCGAGUGUAAGAUAUAAUGUAAUGUAAAUUAUUAUCGAUAAUCCCUUUUUAAUGUAAUGCUUUUUCACAUUUUUUGUUUUUUGCAAAAAAAGUGGGAAAACAUAGGAAUUAAUUUAUUUAUAACAGCUUCAACAUAAGGAGUGUUUCGUGUUGUAUAUUUUAAUAAAAUAUUUCAUACAUA